CGUGGGUUUGGUUGCACAUGGGCUGCAGUUUCAGUUUGUUUUAUUCACCAUUUUGAGUAGGUGAAGGUAAAAAUUUAACUAAAAUCGCGUCUGGGAGACAAAUCCCUCCCGUUAUUUUAGUUUAACACACCAGCUCGGGCGUGGAGUUGUGCGCCUCUCCUCCCGCACCUCGGAGUUGUAGAGUGGGGAUAUUUUUUUGUUUUUUAUUUCCCUGGGCUUCUUUUCCAUUUCUUACAUUCUCUACAGUAUUCCUGCAAAAUGUCAAGACCAGUGAGGAACAGGAAAGUGGUGAAUUACUCACAAUUCAACGAGUCUGAUGAUGCAGAUGAGGAGUAUGGAGGCGACAAGCCUAAGAAGGUGCGCGUGGCCCCUCGUGAGCCAAAGCACAAGCGCUCAAAGAAUUCACAGGAUGACAGUGAGGACUCUGAUGACAAGCUCUCCAAAUCCAAAAAUGAUUCAGCAGAUGACUUUGGCAGUGAUGAUGAAGACAAUGACUUCGGAGAGGAGGAGGAAGAGGAUGGGGGGAGUGAUUAUGAUGCAAAAAGAGGGAAAAAGGGAAAGAAACCCAAGGUAGAGAAAGCGAGCAAGAAGACACCGAAGAGAAAACGGCCUGCAGAUGACAGUGAUGAUGACAGGGAGGUGAGUCGCAAGGUCCGCACGGUUCGCCAGGCUGCAUCCAAGGCUGUGUCAAAACAGAGGGAGAUCCUUCUCGGGGAUGGAGGCAGCGAGGAUGAGGAGCAUGAAGACCAGGAGGAGGCCUACAUGGAUCCUGACGAAUCUGGCAGUGACGAGGACUUUAUGGUGGAAGACGAUGAUGACAGCGACUAUGGUCGCUCCAAGAAGAGGAGCAAGAAAGUGAUCAGACGGGGGCGGCAAGAGAAGAAGGAGAAGAAAUCCCCCAAGCCUCGACUAAAGGCCACAGUCACCCCCAGUCCAAUGAAAGGCAAGGGGAAGGGACGCCCCAGCGCCAAGGCCCUGGAGAAGAGCUCACCCAAAGAGGAGGAGGAGGAAGAGCCUGAGAGUCCCCUAGAGGAGGAGGAAGAAGAGGAAGUGGAGAAGAAAAAGACCUCCCCCGCCCCCAAGAAAACAAAGGAGGCUGCAGGGGAGGAGGAAGAGGAGGAGGAGGAUGAAGAAGAGGAGGAUGGAUCAGAAGAGGACGCACCCUCUGGAGAUGACUAG